AUGUCUGCCAACAACAGUGCUUCGUACGAUGAUAAGAAACAGUGCGUCAGCCGUGCUCAAGCAAGAAAAAUGCGCGAAGAUUUUAUACGCGAAGCAGUGAACAACAAGCUCAGUCUGUAUAUUAAAAAUUUUGAUGAGAUUAUUGAUGAACAAUGGUUCAAAUCGAACUUCGAACAAUUCGGGACCAUCACAUGCGUAAAACUUUUAACUGAGAAUGGCAAACAUAAAGGAGUUGCCUUUGUAACCUUUUCAACAAAGGAGGCGGCCAGCAACGCUAAGGAAGCGAUGCACGGAUACAGAAUUGGUAACAGGCCGCUGUAUAUCUCCUUUGCGGAGAGGAAGGAAGACAAAGCACACUAUCAGGACGCGCAAACCGUACAUCAUAAUGUUGUAGUACCACCGGCACCAGCACCUCAGAACAUGGCAUUAAUGACGCCUGUACUUACUGAGAAAAAGGACUUAUAUUAUCAACACUACGCGCACGGAAUGUCCUAUUUUUAUAGGGCGGAAGACAUAAUGUCACAUGAUAUGAUGCAAGCACAGGCAUCGCAGGUCAUGAUGCCCCCAGAAUCACAUUCUCAAUUCCUGGGACUGCCCCACGUGCCAGCCGAGAUGUCUCCUGAGUACCAGUAUCAGGUACCGUAUCAAAUGCCACAAUACCAGAUCCCGCCAAAUGUGCAAUACCAGCAUAUUCAGUACCAAAUGCCUCCACAUCAGAUGCCACUACAUAUGGUACCUCAGGUGCCAUCGGAGAUGAUGCCCCCACACAACAUGAACGGUAAAUGA